AUGAAACCAUGGAAUUUGUUCUCAACGCGAGAAGUCCCUGUCGCCAAACCUGCUGCGCCACAGUAUAUGAUGAACAUGAGGGACAAUCUUGAGUUUGCGCUGGAACGCAUGCGCUUGACAGAGAAACCGAUUGCAUUGCAGUUGCUCAAUCAAAAUGCUCGUCGACCUAAAACGGCAAAUCAUGGCAAGCGACCUUGUUCACACCACCGUAGGCGAUUGAAACGUCUAGGUCGCCGCUCCAAUAAAUAA